CGCCCGCCGCCCUCCCCCCGCGCCGCCGCAGCCCCGCGCAUAUAGGGCCGCUCCGCCGCUCGGGCCGCGCCGCCGCCGCCGCUCCAGGCAUGGCACAGGGCUCUACCUCACUAUGGCAGCAGCAGCGCGGCACAGCACCCUGGACUUCCUGCUCGGCGCCACAGCUGAUUGUAAUGCCGUUCUUAAAGCUCUACAGCCCAUUUUUCAGGAGCAGGGAAUGACAGAAACAGUUCAUAACUGGGAAGACCAUGGUUAUUUAGUAACCUACAUUAAAAAAAAUGGCAGUUUUGCCAAUUUGAGAAUUCACCCUCAUGGGCUGGUGUUGGUGGAUCUGCAGAGCUACAAUGAUGACAUGAAAGGAAGAGAAGAAGUUGAUCAGCUUCUAAACAAAGUAGAAGAAAGAAUGAAAGAAUUGUUUCAUGGUAACAUAAAAAGGAUGAAGCGGUUGCCAGCCAUUUUGAGAGGAGGUGUCAUUGAUAGAUACUGGCCCACAGCUGAUGGGCGCCUGGUGGAGUAUGACAUAGAUGAAGUUGUUUAUGAUGAAGAUUCACCUUUUCAGAAUAUCAAAAUUCUGCAUUCCAAACAAUUUGGGAAUAUUCUUAUUCUCAGUGGGGAUGUUAAUCUGGCAGAAAGUGACCUGGCGUAUACUCAAGCCAUAAUGGGCAGUGGAAAGGAAGAUUACACUGGGAAAGAAGUACUAAUCCUAGGAGGUGGUGAUGGAGGUAUACUCUAUGAGAUAGUCAAACUGAAGCCAAAGAUGGUUACUAUGGUAGAGAUUGACCAAAUGGUGAUUGACGGGUGUAAAAAACACAUGCGUAAAACGUGCGGAGAUGUCUUAGACAAUCUGAAAGGAGAGUGCUACCAGGUUCUAAUUGAAGACUGUAUUCCUGUACUGAAGAGGUAUGCCAAAGAAGGGAGAAUGUUUGAUUAUGUAAUUAAUGAUCUGACAGCUGUUCCAAUCUCUACAUCUCCAGAAGAAGAUUCCACAUGGGAAUUUCUACGGUUGAUUCUUGACCUCUCAAUGAAAGUUCUGAAACAAGAUGGAAAAUACUUUACACAGGGAAACUGUAUCAAUCUGACUGAUGCUUUGACUCUGUAUGAAGAACAGCUUAGCAGGCUUUAUUGUCCUGUGGAGUUUUCAAAAGAAACUGUGUGUGUUCCUUCCUACAUGGAAUUAUGGGUGUUCUACACGAUUUGGAAGAAACAGACUGUCAUCUGAACAUCAAGAUUGAGAUUAUCAUAAAUGUACAUGCUGCAUGGAGCAUAUAGGUCUGCCACGUGCUGCAUAUUGGCAUCUUGAACCUUUAAAUUAUAUGCUGUAGAUGAUCCUGAAACUUAGUCAUGCUAUUGAUUGUGAAUUCUUUAAAUGUUUUUUUUAUUAUUAUUUUAAUUUAAAAGCAAAUGGAAAAUGUAUAUUUUGACGAGUUAGGGUGUUAUUUUUGAAAGUCAACUUAAAGAUGAAUAAGCAGCAAAACUAUAUAGCUGCUGACUGCACUGAACCUUUAGAAUGUGAUCCUUUUUAUUUUUUUGUAGAUCUUCACAAACUGGUUGAUUAAAAAAGACAUCUUUAGCAUUUCAUCCCUGAA